CUCUUCAGUCGGUGUUGUAGCAGCACCAUCUAAAGAAGAACCCUUUCUCCUGCCUGCCCCACUUUCGCUUGAAGCCCCAUCAAGGCAGAGAAGAAGCUGAAGAUUUUCCCCCCCACAUAUUUAAUACUUUUGGCACUUUUUUUGCAUCAGUUACCCCCCCCCCCCCCCGCUUUGCUCUUUAUGCCCCUUCCACUUCAUUUAAUCCGUUUUUAUUAAAAAAAAACAACAACAACAACAACACAACUCAACAACAACUAAAGACUUUUGCAGACGCUGUUGAUGUGAUUUAGCGAUCUGUCGGGAAAAAAGAUGUCUCUCAGAGUCUCAGGAAAGGGCUGUCAUAGGAAGACCAGGUUCUCUGGGCACUCCAUUCCCUUAUUCCUCUUGUCUCAUGGAUCAAGUGUUCCUUCAGGACUCCACACAACAGCGGAGACUUCGUUCACGCAGUGCAUUCAGAGGGGAGGCUGCUGUUCAACCCAACCAGAAAGAGUCCUGUUGGCCCUGAAGACCACAACCGGCUGCUGGGUCCCUCCCGUGCCCCAGUGUUACUAUGACCAACCAUGGAGAUGACUGCUACUUCUUUUACUACUCCACCUGCACCAAGGGUGACAGCUGCCCCUUCAGACACUGUGAAGCCGCCAUGGGUAACGAGACGGUCUGCAACCUCUGGCAGGAAGGUCGCUGUUUCCGCCCCACCUGCAAAUUUCGCCACAUGGAGAUCACGAAAAACAGAAAGGAGAUCCCCUGUUACUGGGAGAACCAGCCGGCCGGCUGCCAGAAGCCUCACUGCGCCUUCUUUCAUGAGAAACCGCGCUGCAUUCAGGGCCUGUUCGUCCCACCGGAUCAAAGUCAGAACAAGAAUGAGGAAGAGCACCUUGAGGACACACCCGCUGCCCCACCUGUUGUUCUCGCCACCUCCACUAACCCUCAGCUUAGAGGAGUCAUCAAAACAGAGACGACGGAGCCUGUCCCAAGCCCCACCCACCCCCCUGUAGUGAUCAAUGCGGCGGAUGAUGAUGAGGACGAAGAUGAGGAGGGGGAGGACAACAGAGUCGGCCCCUCACCCAGGAAAUUACAGCGAACAGGUGAAGCUCUCACAUUUGGAGUUAGCACUCUGGAGGAGAUCCGUCUGAGGAAGGCUCUGAUGGCCAGCAUGAGGACUGGUUUCGGCCAGAGAGCUGAAGGCGUCGCCAACGGGGAGAAGGAGAACAUCCAGGCCUUCUUCAGAGCGACAUCGUCUCAGUCCAGAGCAGGCCAGCCUGGAUCUGAAGUCAUGGUCCGGUCCAAGAGGGGGGUUUCAGAAAGGCUUGGCCUGAGGAUGCCCCACACUGGCGGAAGAGGCAGAGAGGGUCUGCCGCUGAGGAAGAGUCUGGCCGAGCGUCUUGGAGGGGUCCUUGAGGAGCCAUCAGCACCCACUCUAGAAGGUGCCAAGCCUGUUAAGGACAGACUUGGCUUGUUUUCUGGUCCCGCUGCAGCUGAGCACUCAGGUUCUUCAGCUGAGAAGAACAGCGCUUCUGUGAAAGACCCGGUGCAGAUUCGCAUCAAAACACUGGAAGAGAUCCGACGAGAGAAGGCAGCCAAGAGCCAGAAAGAUGCUCCAUUAGAUGUGUCCCCAGAUGCUCCUGCAGAGAUCCCAAAGACUGGCACCGCCAGAACCGUCAGGGGGGUCAAGAGAACAGUUUCUGUGAAGGAUGCCCCUGUCGCUAACAUUAAGACAUUUUCUGAGAUUGUUCUGUCGAAGAAGAAGAGACAGGAAGAGAAACGGGCCAGAAUCUCAAAAACAGCUGAGGGCCCUGUGGAGAAAACUGUGAGCAGAAGCCCGGACGAGUCCGACACCCCUGAAGAUGGGAAGGAGGGCAAGGUCAGGGUGAAAACCUUGGAGGAGAUCCGUAGGGAGAAGGCAGCCCGGCUGCAGGCUCAGCAGGACACAGACAGCGGGGAGAGCAGAGACCAGGAGGGCCCGGCCAGGAAGAGGAGGCUGCUGAGAGUCAAGAAGCUGGAGACCCAAGAUCCCAGCGGGACAUUGGAGGAGACCCCCCCCACGGAGAAGUUGCAGAAGACCGCCAAGAUGGGCAGCGUCCAGGUCAAGACCUUCGAGGAGAUAAUGAGAGAGAAACGUCUCCGACAGCAGGAAGGGGAGGAGGAAGCCAGCAAUUCACCUGAGGCUGAAGCCGUCAGACCCCCUACGAAGAGGAAGGCCCCCGUUAAGGCCGACCCGGCUUCACCAGAGCCUUCCUCCCCAGCUGACCCGCCCAGAGUUUCUGUCCGCAAGCUGUUACCUCCGAGGUCCAAAGGCACUUCAAACACACAGCAGGGGCCCAUUCAAGGAAAAACCGGAGAUGUGACUGACUCUAGAAGCACCACGCCCCCUUCAGAGAACCAGAACCAGACUGGGUCCACAGAACAAUCUGGAGAGUCCAAAGUGAGACCCAAACUGAAUGUGAAGCCCUCCGUUGUGAAGCUCGCCACGCCACUGAGGCCAGCCCAGAAGAAGAGGGGGGCGGAGCCAUCGGCUGUGGCUGCAGUCAAACCUCUGAACAGCACCGCUGCAGUCCAGGAAGCCCCACAGGAGUCCACAUGCACGCCCUCACAGGUUCUUCCGUCUUCCGAGGCUUUGCUGAAAUCAGCUGUUCCUCGCUUCUCCACCCCCCUGCAAGAGGCGAGCCCGGGGGAGGAGGAGCUGCAGACGGUCCCUGUCUUCAAGCAGAGUGGAGGCCAGAAGGCAGGCGUGGCCAUCAAAGAGACAUGCUCGGUCCCUCACAGCCCGUCAGUCAGAACCACGACCCAGUCCAGAGCCAGGCGGACCAGCACAACCCGCCCCACCUCAGACUCUUCGACCCCUGCCGUGGACGACUUCGAGGAGCUGAUCAACCAGUUCACUGACGAUCACCUGGACGGGGACGUUGAUCCUGGACUGGGGGAGGACGACCUGCUGCAGGAGCUGUCAGAGAUGAUUGACAGCUGAGCACCAACACAGAGCUUGAUCCGGGUUUUAGAGUCUGAAGGUUUUUACACUUUUAGUCCUAAAGCCUCAUUGUGUCAAGAACUGAAGGAUUGAGCUGGCCCAGGGGGGGUUAGACUGGCUGAACAUGGACCCCCCCUCCAACCAUGACAAUGAAAAGGAAGAUGAGACAUCCAUGAAUUUAAAAGCUCCCAUCAUGCAGCUGUGAAAUGGGCAUGUCUCAGUCAGUCUGCUUUUUCUGAAACGACCCCCCACACACACACACGUAGAUCAGUUAUCCCCUCAGGAACUUGGUGGAGCGUCCAGCCAAUUGUGAGUUCACAUGUGAAUGUGUGUGUUUCCUGUACAGAUGUUUGUGUAAAUAAGACUUUUAAUGAGCUGCUGGACCUGCAAGUCUGCUGAAACCCCCUCCCACUGGCAGCACCUGUCACUCAGGUGUCCUCAGAUGCUCCUCCCACAUUCACCUCAGUUGUUUGACACAUUUGUCCGUAAAUAAAGAGCAGACUUUUGCACCAGUAUUAGAUGAUGACCUCACAGGUCCCUCCAGGCCUUCAACAGAAGUUUCUCUGUGAAAAAUGAUGCUGGAAACUCUCAUGUCUUAAAGAAAUUCAGAAGUGAAAUGAAGCAUAUGCCCCCCCCCCC